AUGAAAGACAGGAUAGCAGGCAGAUUUGAGAAGGCGCGUGUAAAACAAGUUGUCUCGCAUAGAAAAGAACCCCUUUCUUUGGUGGUCCUUUACAAUGGAGAAUUUGAAAUGUGGAAUACAAUUAGCAUGUCUAUGAUUAAGUCAGGAAGUAUUGGUGAAAUACCCAUUAGAGCAGCUGCCUUUAUUGAGGACUCUGAGUGCUUUGCAAUUGGGGCUGACGAUGGAAUAGUCAGAAUUUAUUGCAUAGACACAUUUAAGCUAAAGUGCCAGGUGACAGCACACACUGACUUCAUAAGAUAUAUUGCAGUGCACCCAGUCCUUCCGUACCUGGCAACUGCAUCAGACGACACAACAAUCAAGAUAUGGGACUACUCCCAGGAUAUAACUCUGAUUAAAACACUCUCUGGGCACACGCACUUUGUCAUGGGCCUGGACUUUUCUUCAAAGGACAACAAGAUUCUGUACUCGUGCUCACUAGACCACGCAAUUAUUGCAUGGAACAUUGAGACAGGUACACCCAUUAAAACCCUAAGUAAAGCGACUAAAACAGGAUUGAAUGCAGUUAUGGCAGUUACAGACAAGUACAUCAUAGGUGCAGGUGAUGAUGGGAAGAUACAUGUCUGGGAUGCAUCUGCAUACACUCUGAUAACUAGUGUAUCUGGGCACACAGGGCCUGUCACUUCAAUAACACAGACCCCGCACGGGUUUAUAACAGCAGGUGAAGACGGGCUGGUUAAGGAAUGGAGUACAAAGAGGUUUAGGCCAGAGACAGUAACACCUGCUACAGUGCAAAGGGUCUGGAGCACAGCCACCACACGGUCUGGAGACAUACUGGCUGGGGGUGACUCAGGAAUUGCCUUCAUUAAGCAUGCGCAAAGCAGAACACUUUACGCAUUCACUGCCAGGGAUAAGAUCGAUGGAAGAGUGAUACUUGCAGAGAACACGCAAAUCACACAGAUAAAACUCUCUGCCCCAAAUAACCCCAGAGUCGUGUCAUCACUCUCUUUUCUGCCAGACAGAGUGUCUAUCUCGGAAAGUGGCCGGUAUGUUUCUGUUGAGUCUGAUGGAACAGUCUCUGUGUACACAGUUCUUGGGUUUCUUCUGCAGAUAUCCGUCCCAGGGACAUCGCUUGUGUGGACAGGGCCUGAGUCCUUCAUUGUGGUCCAUGCAGGGAAUCUAGUUGUAUACACAGACUUUGAGGCUGACAGAACAAUAAGUGUGCCUGGAGUGCGUGCAGUCUCUGUUGAAGGUGUCUCCAAAACAGAAUAUUUCAUUAGAUCUGCAGCAGAGGAAUCUGAUCCUGUUGCUAGAAUUAUCUCUGUAAGCCAGACUGAUACAACGGCUGUAGAUAUUCUUGAUAUCCCAGGGUGUAUAGGCGUGCACAAGUAUAAGUCUGUCUAUGCUCUCUUCUACCCAGAGAGGGUCGAUAUUAUCUCAGCAGAUGGAAGUGUAAUUAGCACACUUUCCUGCAAAGUUGUCAGUUGGUGCACACAGGAGAACCUUCUGUUCAUACAGACAGGAGGGCAGGUGAUCUAUUCUAUAAUAACCCUGCCUAAGCAAGGCAACCUCCAGAAAGCAGCAAAUAAAAUGCAUGCAAUUGCUUUGAUGGGAGUCACUGGGACUCUUCUUGGUGCGUGCGGGGAUGCACUGUGGUACUUGAUAAAGGAGUCUGGGCGCAUAUGCAUGGAGGAUAUCCCAAGAGAGGUGAUAUCCUGGCAAGAAGGCAUUUUGCUUGGGGAGAAGAGGCCUGUGCCAGAAGGACACUUGCGAGAGUGCAUACACUUUCUGGUCAGUCUGCAUAUGCUUGAGGAGGCAUAUGCUCUGGCAGAUGAUGCAGACGAGAAGUUUGAGCUUCUCAUACAAAUGGGCCGGCUAGAAGAAGCAGAGGAACUGGCAGACACGGAGGCAAAGUGCACUCGAAUGAGCAGCCUCUUUGCGCGUGCAGGAAGAGUAGAGGCAGCCCUUAGAUGCGCCCAGAAGGGCGGGUCCCCAGAGGAUGAAGUUCUUCUGGCAUGCCUUGCAGGAUCAUCCAAGGACAUCUCUACAGCCGCGCACAGGGCAGCAGCUGCAGGCAAGAACCUGGUGGCCCUGGCAGGCGCGUACAAGGCAGAGCAAUUUGAUCUUUGCCAGAAGAUUCUUGCAGGCACUGAGUUUGCCAAAUUAUUUGCCCGUACACACACCAGCUCUCAAGGCACCCAAGCACAGCCAAGCACAAAUGAAUAA